AUGGCAUCACGGUACAAGGACAAGGAAACGGGCACCGUCGUGCUCUCUUUUGGAGGCCAAUGGGUUAGCUGGACACAUACCGCCGUUGCAUAUGCUGCGUUCCUGAGCGCCCUCAUCGUCGGCGUCUCGCUCCACUUCCACAAGAUUGUGCAAAACGAGUGGUAUGGCUACCCCGAGGAGUGGUUCCCUUCCGUCUCCGCGACCAUUGGCGAUCGGUACCCCGAGCGGUCCAUCUUCAUGCUCUUUAUUGCCAUUACGUCAGGCCCGAGAUUUGCGCUCGUCGGGCUGUGGUACCUUUUGACAGCAAGGCCCGGCCGGACCCUCCCAAAGGCCGUUGCCAUUGCCGGACUCGUUCGGACGCUAACGUGCGGGGGGUGGACAUACAUCACGUCGACCGACGACCAUGACUGGCACGACAUCCUGAUGAUCUCGUACCUCGUGUUUACCAUUCCUUGGACUGCCGGCUUACAGGAAAUACCUUGCCGGCGCAUUCUUUGGCACUUUGUUGCCGUUACCUAUACCACAUACGCCUUUUUUGAGUGGUCGCUGAUUCUGUUUGACGUUGCCUUCGAUGCCGUGACGGCGCUGGACUUCAGCACCUUCGAACUAGUUAUCCGGGAUGUCAAUGGAGCAAACAAGGGCUCCAACAAGUCCUCCGUCCUUGCUGCCGUGCUUAAGAAAGAGAAAGAGAGCGCCACAAUAGGCGUAAUUUCGGCAGGUUUCAGGCUUGGCAACGCCCUCGAUAUUGCGGCUGAUGCGUAUCAUGGCUUCGUUUUUUGGUCCAUUCUGACCAGUUUGGGCGUCGUUGUCUGGUAUUUUCCGCUAUGGCACAUGGGCAUCUCGGGCUACGAAGCAUUCGUCAUGUCGACCAUCAGUCCUGCUCUGCUGGGGCUUAAGUCCGUACGCUCGUUUGUUAUCAGCAACCAGCGCGUGUUCCAUCUCCUUUCCCUGACCGGUCUGCUAGCGUACCUGGUGGUCAACCCAACCAUUCGGCUUUUCACUGUCGGCUUUGGCGUCUCAAUGGGCUGUCUUGCCUGGGCUGCGACCUGGUUUUCCGACUCGGUCCCCCGCCAGACUAGAAUCCCGCAUUCUCGCGUGGAUGCUCUGUGUUUUACUCGAUGGGCGCCUCUGCAGGCUGAAAAUGCUGUUAUGAAGAAGAGUGGCUCAGCAGUGCUUUCUGCUUUCGGCAUUGGUGGUUUGUUCUUUGCCCUGCAUUCCUUGUUGUCGGACACUAGCACCAUGAUCCUUUGGGUUUGGGAUGGGUACCCGAUCCGUGGCCCGGUGUCAAACGUUCAUGCCUGGUUCACCAUUGCCGCCAUGACAAUUGGGCUGAUGAUUGGGACCUUCAGGCCUGGUCUCGUCGCUACCUGGACGGCGUUCGGUGUGGGCUCCAUUGGCGCUGCAGUGCUGACCCUUUACCAACAGUGGUUUGGCUACUAUGGCGCCUUAGCUUUGGCGACUUAUCUAACGGCCAUUUCGGUGCCGUUGAUCGCGAACGCCUCCAAGAAGAGCCCUGCCGUCGUUUUCGGUCUCGGCUUCUUUAUCUACAAUUUUCUGGUCCUCUUCCAUGUCUGGGUCGUUGCAUAUGCUUUUGUCCCUGGCGGGCCUCUGGUACGCGAACAUACGGACUGGAUUAUGAUCACCACGAUGCUCUUCAUCGGAGCCGGUGUCUUUGAUCUGAUCUCGGAACAGGCAAGUGCUAGCAAGACAAAUAUCCGUCGUCGUCCUGGAGCUUCCGGCCACAGGAAGUAUCACGUUGGCAUACUCGGCCUUCUAAACAUUUUGUUUCUUGGCGCAAACUACUUCCGCAUCCCUACAAACGACUACAAACCGUAUCACGCCGAGGACCGGCUUUUCACAGCUGGUAUUUGGACCAUUCAUUUCUCUCUGGACAACGACAUGUGGUCUUCAGAGUACCGGAUGCGUGACCUCAUCAAGGAGUUGGAAAUCGAUGUUGUCGGCUUGCUCAAAUCGGACCUGCAGCGCGUGAUCAUGGGCAACCGCGACACGACGCAGUUCCUUGCCGAGGAUCUUGGAAUGUACGUCGACUACGGCCCGGGGCCCAACAAGCACACAUGGGGCGCGGCACUGUUGUCCAAAUUCCCCAUCCUUAACUCGACGCACCACCUGCUCCCGAGUCCCGUCGGCGAGUUGGCGCCCGCCAUCCACGCGACGCUGGAUGUCUAUGGCACCCUCCUAGACAUCUUCGUAUUCCACUCGGGGCAGGAAGAGGACGAAGAGGACCGCCAUCUGCAGUCCGAGUACCUCGCCAACCUAAUGGGUAGCUCACCGCGCCCGAGCGUCCUGCUGUCCUACCUCGUCACGAAACCGCUCGAGGGCAAUUACAACACAUAUGUCUCCAAGACCAGCGGCAUGCACGACGUGGAUCCCUCUGACUGGGACCGCUGGUGCGAAUACAUCUUGUACAAGGGCCUGCGCCGCACAGGCUACGCCCGUGUGAGUCGUAGCACCAUCACCGACACCGAGCUGCAGGUCGCCAAGUUUGUCGUUCCCCGCCCCGGUGACGACAGCGCCCGCGUCUGGGCAGCCUCGCCUAAGCAGCGAGACAAGAAGACUUCGGAGUCGGACGUUCCCCCGGGGUGGCGCUUCCCCGCUUUGUUCAACGGCGAGGGCGUCCGAGGCCACUUUUACAACGUCUUCAACGAGUCGCGGUAUUACAAAUACUAA